AUGAUGAGCAUCAAGCGAAGAUCAUCCGUCGAUUGUGUAAAGAAAAGAUUACGAACUGAAAAUGGUCGAUCGAUAAGUACCAUUGAAAAUCUAUCGAACGAAUGUUUUUAUGAAAUCUUCGAUUAUCUUGCCGGAUGUGAAAUAUAUGAAGCAUUUUCAAAUCUAAAUUUUCGUUUCCAGCAAAUACUUCGCUCGUGUUCACUUGCGUACAAAAUCAUAUCGAAUGAAUCAACGUCGUACGAAAUGUUCACAAAGAGUUACCGUCAAAUCAUGCGUCAUCAUCAGUCCCAAAUACUUUCCAUCCAUAUAGAUGUCAACGAUUCGCAAUAUCUUACCGCGUCAUUAUUCAUUGUCAACUCACAAUACAUUCGUCUCGAAUCGCUUGUCUUCUACACCAUCGAAGCAGAUCCACUUUAUAGACUUCUACAAAACCUAAGGGAAUUACCGCGUUUGUUUUCCCUUAAAAUUGAUACACAAUCUUCGUUGACUUUAAAACAAAUCAAUUAUGCGUAUCAACUGGCGUUUGCUCUACCAAAAUUAAACUCUUUCGAGUUCGAUACAGGUAUCCACGAUAAUCGAAAAGUACGUCUCUUAUCGAUUUCUACUCCUAAGCAAAUGAGCGGUAUCACACGACUUUUCAUGGGUCAAUCGUGCAGUUUUCAAGAAGUAUAUCCUUUUCUUACUUACACGCCGAAACUUCGCCGUUUAAUAUUGGCGUACGUAGUCGACGACCAGCUGGACGCGGAAGAAGAAAAUGUUGAAUAUACCGUGCCGAUUAUUUUGAAAAACUUGACGCAUCUUGUGAUUGAAAGAUGUGAAACGAAAUUCGAUGCUUUGAGGUUACAUUUAGAAAGGAUUCGUCUUCCUGAAUUACGAUUCUUUCGAUGCAAGAUUGACUACAUUCCGGAUUUUCACGGUGUAACUCGUUUUGACGCCGACCAAUGGGCGAGUUUGAUCGAAAAACAUUUUCCUCAAUUGAAAAUAUGUCAUUUGACGUAUCCAGAAUGGAACUUUAAUUCCAAUGGAUGCGAAAUCUUGGAAGGCAACAUUCAACUUAAUCGGUUUUAUGCUCCAUUUUGGGUUCAACGACAAUGGAUACUGAAUAUCGUAGUCAAUAAACGCAAUAUUGUCGUCAGCAUUUAUCCUUAUAAGAAACAAUGGUACGAACUUACGUUGGAUGACAUUGACAACAAUUUAACAUUGCGACUUAUGCUGAAAAAUCAGCUUUAUUCGGACGAUUUCCUCACUUUCUUUAGAAAAAUCGUCGGAAUUCGAGAGAUCGGUUAUUUAGAAAUUGAUUACAUUACCAUUGAGAAAUUAAUUCAAAUUCUGAAUCUGUUACCAAAACUCAUUGCAUUGAAAAUAUCUUCUUUAUCAACAACGCAAGCGAAAUCUUUAUCAAAUGAUGAACUUGAAAUUUUAAAGAAAAUUUCAAAAGAAAAUCAAAUCACGAAAAUUUAUUUAGAACAAAUGAAUCAUAUUGAAGAAAUCUGUUUCCUUCUUACGUAUUGUCCACAAAUGACGUAUCUUAAAAUUGGUACUAUCGGUAGUUUAGACAUAGAUCUAUUUCUACGAAUUAUUCUAUUGAAAAUUUCUGAUCAUCCAUUGCAAUUCUUAUCCUUUGCCAUGCCAUUAGCAGAUGAUGAAACGGUCAAACAACUACAGACAAUGAUUGAUUUCGAAAAACUCCUGUUUGAUUAUACAAUCAGUCGGCACAUGACCGAUAUCAUUUUGAAACGAAAAUAUAAUAGAUGA